AGCCUCUCCUUCACCCAGGCUCCCUGUGAAAGCCACGCCCCAGGCUUGCUCCUUCUUCCAGACUCCUUGCCAGAGCUCGUUAAUCUCUACAGAAUCACCCGGUUCAGUUGAGCACCUGCAGGGGAAUUAACAAGACUCCGGAAAAGCCUGGGUUUGGGUUUGGGAUUUUAUUUUGAACCCUGUCAUGGUGAGAUAAAGUAGGCGAAUCCUAACAAAUUCAUCUAAGCAGCCACCGGGCAGAGCAAGUGCUGUAGGACUGUGACACAGGCCUCCCCAGGAGACUAGGCAUCCUCUCUUCUUGCCUCCCUGCUGCUGCUCGAGGGAGGCAUGUUCUCUCCAUCCUCACCACCUGCCGGGCUGUUGGAGAAGGUCUUCCAGUACAUUGAUCUCCACCAGGAUGAGUUCGUACAGACGCUUAAGGAGUGGGUGGCUGUGGAGAGUGACUCGGUCCAGCCCCUGCCCCACCUGAGACAAGAACUCUUCAGGAUGAUGGCCCUGGCGGCAGAGCAGCUUCGGUGCCUGGGAGCCAGCGUGGACUCCGUGGACUCGGGUUUUCAGCAGCUGCCUGAUGGUCAGACUCUCCCAAUACCUCCCAUCAUCCUGGCUGAACUGGGGAAUGAUCCAAAGAAACCCACUGUGUGCUUCUAUGGCCACUUGGAUGUGCAGCCUGCUAGACGGGAAGAUGGGUGGCUCACAGACCCUUACACACUGACAGAGGUGGAUGGAAAACUUUAUGGACGAGGAGCAACAGACAACAAAGGCCCUGUUUUAGCAUGGAUUAAUGCUGUGAGCACCUUCAGAGCCUUGGAGGAGGAUCUCCCUGUGAAUAUCAAAUUCAUCAUUGAAGGGAUGGAAGAAGCUGGUUCUGUUGCCCUGGAGGAACUGGUCAGAAAGGAAAAGGAUCGGUUCUUUUCCAAUGUAGACUACAUCAUAAUUUCAGAUAACCUGUGGCUCACCCAAAGGAAGCCAGCCCUCACUUACGGGACUCGAGGGAAUAGUUACUUCAGGGUGGAGGUGAAGUGCCGAGAUCAAGACUUUCAUUCAGGAACCUUUGGUGGUAUCCUCCAUGAACCAAUGGCUGACUUGGUUGCUCUUCUUGGGAGCCUUGUGGACUCAUCUGGUCAUAUUCUGAUCCCUGGAAUCUAUGACCAAGUGGCUCCUCUUACUGAAGAGGAGAGAAAACUGUACAAAGCCAUAGAUCUGGACCUAGAAGAAUACCGGAAGAGUAGCCGGGUUGAGAGAUUUCUGUUUGACACCAAGGAGGAAAUUCUAAUGCACUUAUGGAGAUACCCGUCUCUUUCAAUCCAUGGGAUUGAGGGUGCGUUUGAUGAGCCUGGAGCUAAGACAGUCAUCCCUGGCCAAGUUAUAGGGAAAUUUUCAAUCCGUCUGGUCCCUCACAUGAAUACAUCUGUGGUGGAAAAACAGGUGAAGCAGCAUCUUGAACACGUAUUCUCCAAAAGAAAUAGUUCCAACCAGAUGGCUGUUUCUAUGAUGCUAGGACUACAGCCAUGGAUUGCAAAUAUUAAAGAUAAUCAGUAUCUUGCGGCAAAAAGAGCCAUCAAAACAGUGUUUGGAACAGAGCCAGACAUGAUCCGGGACGGAUCAACCAUACCAAUUGCCAAAAUAUUCCAGGAUUCCAUCCAAAAGAGUGUGAUGAUGCUCCCGCUGGGUGCUGUGGAUGAUGGGGAGCACUCUCAGAAGGAGAAAAUCAACAGGUGGAACUACAUAGAGGGAUCCAAAUUAUUUGCUGCCUUUUUCCUAGAGAUGGCUAGGCUGCAUUAAUAAUGAUGAACCUUCCAGCUUAAAUCUGACCUACUGACAGAUACCUUCUUCUGCACACCUGGACAGGAACAGAAUCUAAGUAACCAGAGAAUUUCAGUCCGGGAAAUAAUGCUUUCCUUCCCAUUUAAAAUGUUUUAGGACAUUUGGACCAGAAAUAAAAUAUCUUAAAGGCACAGACAUUGGGAAUGGUAUACUGUCCCCAUGGCACACCUUUCUAAAGUCACCGAUACCUGCAACAUCUCCCCCAGUUUGGCUCCAGGAGCCCCAGGAUUGGACUCACUCUUUCCUUGGAGCACAAGGACAUUCCUCCAUUAGACUCUCCCUGGCAAUUUGAUAGGUCUGAUCACACCAGUGUGCUUUUAGGUUCUGAGGUGCUCAUGACACAUCAUCAUUCCGUACAGUGUUUAUAUCAACCUUGCUUUUACCACACAUUUCAUUUAUUAGUAAAACUGUUGGUUCCACCACUGGUUACCAUGAUUUCCCUGUGGGUUCAUUUGUAGAGGAGUAACUAAAGCAUGAUGUCACAUUAACCUCUUGCUUCCCCUUCAUUUAUUUUGCCUGCUUCUUGGAAAGUUCUGAAACAGAAAUGAUCAGUAGUUGUGUCCUUAUGCCACUUGGGAUUCCCUGUGUGAAGAUGAGUACUUUUUCUAUUCCAAGGUUCUUUACCUUUUCUGGGAUUGAUGCCAACCAACCACCCCUCCCGCACCCUAUUCUUUGUAACCCACUGCUGAACCCCCCCGCCCCCCCCGCCCCAAUCUGUGCAUAUGUAAAGUCACCACUGCAGCAUCAGUCCUGAUAGAAUUUCUCUCACCCUGUUGGAAUUUUACUUCAGUGACUACAUCUAAAUUGCUCAAAGCUUUUAAUAGCAUCAGUUUUAGAUAGAGAACGAAUCUAAUCAGCCCUGACAUCAGUAACACAUUCUAAAUUUAAAGCCAUCAGCUAAUGCUGCAUUCAGUAAUCAUUUUAGUUAACCAUCUUGUUUGGCUUGAUUGCAUUUGAUGGUGUAAACAAACAAACAGAAAGAAUAUAAUUUUUCUCCAGUUGAGUGUAUGUAAACAAAUCAAUUUAAUCUUUAUAAAUUCAUUAUUUAAAUCACAUUAAUGGAGAAGGAUUUAAGAGUUUAUUAAAAGAUGUUUCUCUUAUGAUUCCAAGUAAAAUCAAAGUGUAACACAUUUAAUCUCUUUGUGGGUUCUUGAAAUGUUAGUUUUAAAAUUUGCAACACCACAUCCAAAAGGGCUGCAAAAGUCCUCAGGACCCCCUGGAGGACUCUGGAGGCGCCGUUGGGGGCCACAUCCACAUCAGAAGGGACUACUCAGAACCACAGGACUGUUGUGCCAAAGACUGGGAAUCUGAGAACCACUGAGAAGCCAUCACCGAUGCAAACACACGAGGGUUGAUUUACAAGCUUGAGCUUGAGUCCAACUACACCCGACACAGCGGAGCAGGGACUUGGACCCCGAGCUCAGUCACUCAUCAGGAAAUGCAUCUUUAUGGGUUUGUAAAGAACUGAGAGACAUUAUUACCAGUGGUCCUAUUAUUAUUUUUUUUCCCAGUGGUCCUAUUAUUAUGUGAAGGAUUCUUCCCUGAGAUUCUUCCCCUGUUUCAACUGACACUGAAACACUGUGAACCCUUUGGAAGACAAAUGUCAAGGAAAUAAACGUUAUGCAUUGCUAAUUUGAAAUGCACUUGCAAUAUGGUGUCUAUUAUAAUAGAAGUAUUUUUAUCUGAUUUUUGCUAUUUAUUAUCCUUUCCUGCUUUUCAGGUUCAGGAGGCAUUAUACGUGUUCUUAAGUGUUUUUCUUUCCUUCUGAUAUAAAAUUCUUACUUUGUUCCCAUCGAAGGAACUCUUUAAGACUAAGGCAAAAGUUAAUUGAACUAUUCUUAAAAUGUCAAAAAAAAAAAAAAAAAAAAAAAAGCCAGCGAUUCAGCUUUACCCUGAGUCUCGUCACAGCAAUGGACUCGGAUGAGGUGUGAGUCUGGAGGUAUCCAUGAGUGACCUGCUUUCUCCCUGAUGCUAGAAACAUCAAUUCCUGUUUCUUGAGUAUUGGCAGGUAUUUGAUACUUUGUUAUGCUUGGUUCAUGCUUGCCACAUUAUGUUGAAUCAUGUGAUGUUUGGAUCUUGUGGGACCUACCUGACGUAUUCCGUAGGGUUCCCAAGAAUUAAUUGUAAGAGGUUUAUGAUGCCAAUUUAUAUUCUUAAAAGGGUGUUCAUUAGUGAAUGAACAAAAACUGGCUGUAGGAUAUAUUGUAAGCACUUCUGUGAUGGUGUGGGCCAUAGUGCGAGAGCCUCGCUGGCCAUACAAGUUCUCUGCACUUGCAGCUGGAGGAGGGCAGUGGCCAGGACACAUAGAGGACUUGAUGUGGCUCUCUUCUCCCUCCAUUUGUUCAAUUCACACCCUUUUUUCAGUCUUUAUGUUAGCAAGAUGCCCGCGACUGCCAGCACAGCCCCACCCAGCUCCCUUUCCUAAGAACCGGACCCCCUACCCUCCUGCAUAGUUCCUAUCUGAAAUUGGACUCAUCUCAAAUGGAAACAAGUCUUAUUCAUCCUCCCAAACCUGUUUCACCUCCAGUGUUCCUGGACCAUUGGAAUCCUGACUGUUCUCUGACAUUUCCCCUCUUUCAAAUCCAGUUCGGUAUCUAAACCUGUUGACUCCAUUUCCACUGUCACUUCCCACAGCCUGAAGGCCAAAUCCUAACUUCUGCUGGGUUAUUGCAAAGCCCCUCCUGAACCUCUUUGCAUAAACGCAGCCCUCUCCCAUAGAAGUGUCACACUGCAGUAUGCACACCCCAGCAAAGUGCACUGCACAUAGUAGAUGCUCCAUGUUGCUUGCUCAAAUCUUCCUUUUGAAUCUGUAGCUGCAUUUUUGAGUAUCCUCUAGCAGGCCUGCUGUGCCCUGUACAGACCUCUAUCUUUAUGCUCUUCCUCUCAGGCUCUUCCUAGUUGAAAUUGUCUUGGGAAUAGCCAGUGCUGGGGAAAAGCACAUUAGGAUGUCACAUUGAGGCGCCAUUGACUGAUAAUGGUUCACUCAUGUGUAUCCUGCUGGGCAGCACUUGUGUCUUCACGAGGAUCCAGGAUCCAGGAUCGUGCUUUAAUUCAGAGGCCCCAAACAGCAGUCUGUGAGCUCCAGGUGCCACUUACCCUGUUUCAUGUGGCCUUCACAAUGUCCUACAUACUUCUGAAUUGGAUGCCAGCAUUUCGAAAUUAGUAGACUGAUUUACACAAAAGAUUUCUCUUGAGCAACUGAGCUGCUGUUCACACAGGCUGGUGAACACACUGAGCUGAGAGGUGGUGCUAAUAAGCACAGUGCCUGGCCCAUAAUAUGCACUCAACAAAUUUCUAAGAUAUGGAAAAGAAGGAAGCUCACAAAAGAUGAUGAUGCUAUUCAAUAUGGUUUCUUACUUCUACUGAUAGCUCCUUUCACUUCAAAAAAUACCUCAAAUGCCAUUUUAUGAUAGGGCCAAGUGACUUUUAAAUACCAUACUAUUUUAAAUAUCUAGUUUAAAAUGUAUUCAACAUCAUCUAGCUUUUAAUUUUUUUUGCCUUAAGUUGUAAUAUUAAUUAUGUAAUAGCUAAAGAAUUAAACAAUGAUUUGAGGUCUUGAUUAUAUAAGAUGAAAUAUGUGUUUCUGUGAUGAUAUAUUUAUGUCCGAUCUAAUGUAGUUAUCAGCCUUAAAUACCCAUGCCUUUCAUGACAAGCAGUAAAACUUAAACAAAAUAUGUGCCUAAUCCUUGCACAUAUUAUUUUUGUUCUUCCACUGGCCAACUCUAACAUCUACAUUCUAUUUUGUAGAGCUUGUGACAUUCAAGAAAGAUAAUCUUCCUCGUUAGUACAUUGAAAAGAACUUUCCUCUUUAGGAAGCAAGCUCUGGGAGGCAGAAACUGGGUUGGGUACAGUCUAUGUUUUGCUCAGCUGCCCAAAGGCACAAACAAUUGAUGACGUACAAAGAGAAAUACAAGAGAUUUCCUAAAGAAAAGUGAUGCAUUCUUUCUUUUCUAGCAUGAUGUGGAAGAAAAUGGCUGGUAGGUGUAAUGACUAUAAUUUCUUAACAGUUAUGAUAAGUAAGUAAAUGCUUCUGAGCUUUUUUAGCUUGGAUAAAUUGAACAGAAAAAAAUGUUCAUUACAUGGAAAAAUUUUAUUUAAAAACAUUAUGCUACUAUAAUUUCUUAUCCAGAAUGAAAAAAAGAUGUCAGAAAAAUUAUGCCUUUGACUAUGAUAGAAAAUGUGAAGUUUGAAAUCAUCUCACCUCCCACAUUAAAAUUCAACUGAAACAGCAUUCAAAGAGAACGUAGAUUUGAAAUUCUAGCGUGGGUGGUUAAGUGUUUGUAGCACAUUCUGACUGUUCUUGUAGGUAGGCAUUUCAAUGUAAUGGCAGAACAUGUUAAUUUGAAGGAAAUUAGAACUUUAAAUGACACUGUUAAAUUAAUUACUCAUCAAAAUUGAUAGUCACCAAAAAUGACCAAUGCUUUCUCUCAAAUUUUAAAUAAUUAUAAGCAAAUAAAAGAGGUCAUAGAAACUUUAUUUAAAACUCCACUUAAAGGGAUCCCUGGGUGGUGCAGCGGUUUGGCGCCUGCCUUUGGCCCAGGGCGCGAUCCUGCAUACCUGGGAUCGAAUCCCACGUCGGGCUCCCGGUGCAUGGAGCCUGCUUCUCCCUCUGCCUGUGUCUCUGCCUCUCUCUCUCUCUCUCUGCGUGUGACUAUCAUAAAUAAAUAAAAUUAAAAAAAAAAAAAAACUCCACUUAGAGAACCAGAAAACGGAAUCCUAGGUGGUUCAUUAAGUUAAGCAUCUGCUUUCAGCUCAGGUCAUGAUCUCCCUGCUCAGCAGGGAGCCUGCUUCUCCCUCUCCCUCUGCCCCUCCCUGCCGCUCAUGUUCUUGCUUGCUCUGCUCUCUCUCCUAAAUAAAUAGAAAAAAAAUAGAUAAAUAAAUAAAUAAACUUAACCAAAAAAAAAAAAAAAAAAAAAAAAAAAAAAAGAACCAGAAAGCAGAGCUCAGGGUUACUACAUUAGCCAAAGUGACGGAAGGGAGGUUCUGGAAAGAGUAGUCACAAAGGGAAACACCAAAUUCUGUAUACUUUGCCUAAAUUGGCAGAUGACCUCUGCACCAUGCACAUGUAGGGCAGAUUCAAGCAUCCCAGUUAAGGCUGAGGGAACUAAAUGAGAUUUCAGCUGCCACCAUAACAAGAGAGACAAAGUAUGGAGUAUGAAUACAGCCAAAAUAACUGCCUGUUAAUACUUUGUCAACCACAGACAACUUCUUCAGAGGAACAUAACUGAAUCCAGAAUAUCUACAUUCCUUAAAUAUCUAGAAUACAACUCAAAAUUACUAGAUAUUUAACAAAGAGGAAAACAUGACUCCUAAUCAAGAGGAAAUUACUGACAAUUCCAAAAUGAUUUAUAUAGUGGAAUUAACAGAUAAAAUGUGAAAGCUGCUAGUAUAGUUUUGCUCAAAGACGUAAAAGAAAAUAUGCCUUCAUAAGUAAACAAAUAGGAAAUCUCAUCAGAGAAACAGAAAGAAAUGAAUAGAAAUUUUAGAAUUAAAGGUACAAUAUCUGAAAUAAAAAAAAAAUCACUAGCCACUUCUAACAAGUGAUUGGAGAUAACACAGAAGAGAAAAUCAGGGAACAUAGAAAAUAGAUUAUUCAAUCGCAAGAUCUGAGAGAAAAAAAUGAAAACAAAACAAAAAAGGAGAA